AACCCGAAGGCAAAACCAGUGGCCGCGGAGGAAGCUUGUGCGGGCAGAGAGACAAUGUUCCCACGGUUAUUCGAUGUCCCCAUCGUCUCCUCAUCUUGAUUAAACCCUUCCCUCCCUUAUCAAACUAUGUUAACGUCCUCCGAUACCCCCACAGCUUCUGCGGCCACUGUUCUGAUAUGAACAUGAAGGCAAAAGGAUAGAGGAAUUCUGAUUCAUAUCCAAAUUUCAGAGAUUGCAGACGCAUAUUUCUUUCAGAGGUGGACGAAAAUCGUCUCAAUUUGCAUUGAAUAAUUAAUGACUGAUCAAUCAGCUCACCACCACCGUUUUGCUUUCGUGUCACGAUUUUCUUACUUAAUUCUCCACAUACACAAAUAUGCAAUUCUGAAUUUUGUUGCCUUUUCGGAUUCGCAGAAAAGCAAAGUUAUCUCUCCGUCCGAGGGAGACAGAGACAAACAAACUCCUCCAGAAAUUUGUCCACUUCCACUCCAACCAGUUCACAUCGAUAAAAAGAGAGCAGAACGCCUUACCGUGAAGAAAGCUGGAUGUAAUUUUAAAAUUGCGGAGGAGCCAGAAACGCAUGAUUUAACGAGGAAAAUAGUUUUUCCUCCGGAAACGACUGCAUCCUGAACACAAGAAAGGGUCGUCAUUGCUAAAUGGAUCGAUUUGUGCUAGUGGGGGAACUUCCGAGCAGAACGGAACGUUGCCGUCGGACGUGAUGGAGGUCAACCACCCGCACCGGAAGUUGCUCGGGGGACGACAGAAAGCGCUCGACCCCACAAUGGAGAUAGUCCACAAAGCGGAAAGUUUUCAAAAGAACGGCCGACUUCCUCCUCACUCCGUUCGACCAGCACGUGGCGAUAACCACGUGCAGCCACCUUUACACAACAGCAGGUCAUCAAAACCCAAGAAAUUACCGCAAAUUGUCCAUAAGAAGAUCUUCCCAUGCAAAACAUGCCUGCGUCCAUUCACCAACAGAACCAGUGCUCACUUCCACGCCCGCACCCACCUCAACCCCCACCAGCUGGAGCGGUCCUCAAUUUUCCACGACAAAUGCCCCCACUGCCAAAAAGUGUUCUUCGAUCAUCAUCAAUUGACCCGGCAUCUCUUCAUCCACCUGAGCGGGGAGGAGCGCGCGGAGGUGCGGCAGAGCUGGCGACACGUCUGCUACUUCUGCACCAAACGGUUCAGAAAUCCAUCCCAUCUCAGUCGUCAUCUUGUCGUCCACACGAAGGAAAAAGUGAGCUGGAGGUGUGCCGCCUGUCGAAAAACGUUCUCCUCCAAUCAGACCCUGAGGAAUCAUCGAUUCACCCACCUCUCCGAAGACGAGAAGGUCGCCCUCGUGAAGCAGGGGAGGAGUCGAGUCUGCCUAUUCUGUCAAAAGAUAUUCCCCGAUAACCGCACUUAUCAUGCCCACCUGGUCUCCCACACGGAGGAGAAACCUUUCCGCUGCGUCGAAUGUGACCAAACUUUCGGUCAAAAGCAUCAUCUCGCCAGACACGAGAAGAACGUUCACCGGAAGCUGAAGGACUUCGCGUGUCCCGAGUGCGCCAAGAAGUUCGGGAGGAGGAGCCACAUGGUGCGACAUCUAAGCAGUGUUCAUGCCCAAAUCCGGCACCCCUGCCCCCUCUGCGGGGAGACGUUUUCGAGAAAAGACCAUCUUGGGGGACAUUUGAAGAAGGUUCAUCCUCAAGAAUAGAGUCAGCUGCCAACUGACCCCUCGCCAAAUUUCGACAUGCUUUAUAUAUUUUCACGUUUUCCUGAUUUCACUAAUAUUUAUUCUGAUAAAAAUGGCAUAGUUGACUUAUUAAGCUGUAAAAAUGACGCACUUUUUGUUACCGUUUUGACCAUGACGAUUUUUAUGUAGUAAAGUCAUCCUGUCUUGUAUAAAAAAA